UUCCUGGCUUCACUAAUAAGGAGAUCUCCUCGGACUGAUAUAAAAGCUGGCGGGUAUCAGAGUGAGGUUGGGUUGUUUUAAAUAGAGCAUUUGGGUGGCGUAAUUUUAGAAAAGGGAAAGCGCUCCAACGCGGUUUCUCCUCCGCAAUAGGGGUGCGCGAUGGGAAGGAUUCUGUUGUGCGCUCCGGUCGUCCUGUUGGCUCUCCGAAGCUGUUCCGUGGUGGAGGCUGCUGAGGGCGAAGGGUGUGGCGGCUGGAGGACGUCCCGGAUGGGGCCGUCGGAUGGAGCCUUCCAAUGCCCGAAGCAUCCUGGCAGGGCCAACGCCAAGUUCUGCUGCGGCUCCUGCGCCCUGCCCUACUGCUGCUCGACUAGAGGAGCGCGCCUCGACCAGGUCCAGUGCCUUUCCAGGGGCCGGCUGGAAGGAAGAACGGAGGUUCUGGUCGAGCCAGGCGACGGGUUCAUGAUGACACCUUACCUAACAGCCCUCAUCAUUCUUUAUGUCCUGCUCAUGUUGACCUGUGUCCUCCAUGCCUACUUCUACUUCAGAGGUCUCCUGCCCCGCUGCAGAGAGGGCCGGCCGCAGACCCAGAUGGAGGCUACUGACUUUAGGCUCUCGGUCAUUGACCCUCCCCCUGACUAUGGUACCUGUGUGAGAACAGGUGCCGAGGAGGACCCACAAGGAACGUCGCCCUUGCCCUCCCAUAUUUAUCCUCCCAGCUAUGAUGUCAGUGUGGGCACAGCAUCCUCUGGUGCUCAAGACCAGCAAAGUACUACUCCUUCUUCCUCUGGCACUGACCCUCCUCCCAGCUAUGAAUUCUGUGUGAGCAGUGCAUCCUCGGGGGCUGAGAACCAUCCAGGCAUCUCUCAUUGGCCCUCUUGCACUGAGCUUCCUCCCAGCUAUGAAUCCUGUGUGAGAAGAACAGCAUCUGCGGGUGCUGAGGACCCUCAAGGCAUUUCUCCUUUGCCUUCUGCAUCUGCACAGCCUGUGCAGUCCCAGCAUGCAGAUCCCACAGCCCUUGAACCUGAGGAAACCACCUUGUCUCCAGAGGCACUUCGGGUUAGAACUCUUUCAUCUCCUCCAACUGUGCAGCCCAUCUUUGAGCCCAUCUCCACAUCUCUCCGCAAGUUCUUAAACUAGUCAGUGGAGUAUCGUGCCAGCCUCUUGAUAACAGUGGUUUGCCAACUUGUACAUCUAUUGCAGCAGAACUGCCUGCAACAUAUUACUGUGCUUCUGGGACCAAGGGAAUAACCUGGCCCUAUAUCAAUAUGCUUUUAAGAAUGUGUAUUGACUAGUCUUUUUUAAAAAAAAAUAAAACUUGGAAUUCCA